AUGGCGGAAACCACACCCUCUCGUCCGAACGACACUCCAGAAAACUCUCCUGGUGGAGGCGACGACAACCAGUCCCAAUCGGCAGGCCAUUCCAAGAAUCCGGCUUCCGUGAAGGAUCGAAAAUGCCAGUACUGUCAUCAGGCCUUCACAUCGUCCUCCCUCGGCCGACACCUUGAUCAAUUUCUCUUCAAGAAAAAGCCCGACGGAAUCCACGAUGUUGAAGAGAUUCGGCGCAUUCGAAGCGGUAUCACCAGACGGCAGGCCCGCACAUCCUCCGGCAAACGAGAUACUCCUGAACGGGCCAUGGGCAAGGGCCCGUCGGAGCACUUUGCAGGCGGAGAACACGGCGCGAAGCCGCGCGAGGGCGCGAUCAGAAUGAUGUUUAACACCCCUACGUGGCAUGCGACCGGGGUCAUCAAUGAUAUUCCCAAUCCGGGUCAGACACCGGAGGGGUCGCGGUUCGCGGCGUCGCAGCCUCGAUCAGGGGCGGUGCAUCUUCCGGACUAUGCGAGUAGGGGGGCUAGCGCCAAGGAUCCGGAUACAAUGAGGGCGUUGGAGCUGGCUCUGCGAGAGGUUCUGGAUAAUAUCAAAGCUGCAACUUCUCAGAUGCGACCUCGGCUUUCGCCGUUCGAUUUCGAUAUUCAGUCGGAGACAUUCCCCUCGCUCUGCCUUCAGCUGCUGCCCCCACCUCCCAGUCUCUUCUCUACCAAUCCGUUCCCGUCGCCAUCAUCUUUCCCAUUGAAACCUCCUGGGGUAGAACAUCUUGAUAUUGUACGACAGGCAAUUCGAGCGAAGAUCGACCAGUGGCAAUCCGAUCACCUGUCCGCGCACUCCGCGAACGACUCUCCCGGUCGGCCGGGACUCGGCCUGGACGCUAACAUGAUCAACCGCAGCGCACAGCAGCAUGAAGACAUGAGCCUGAGGCAUCUCGAGCUGGCAUUCAAACACUGGGCCUCGCUGCCACCGGAGACCCGAGUAGAGGCAUGGCAUCUUGAAAUUACACGCGCGUUCGCCCGUGAGGUGGAGAAACGGAAAAUAUUGGACGAACAGCUCGCUCGCGUCCAGCAGGAAGCCAACCAGCUACGCGCGCAGGUCGAGAAGCUGGGUUCUUGCCAAUGGCCCCGAGAAUUCGCGCUCUUCCCGCCAGACACCCUACCGCUCCCACCCGCUAUUGCGCGGGAGCUAGAUGCCAAAGAAAGCCAGAUUAGCCCCGGCUCGCCUCGGUGGGACUACGACAGCGUCGUGGCCAAGUGGAAGCGGGUUGUGAUGCACGACAAGACCAUGGGCCGCGUCGGCGUCGGGUACGGCAAUCCUCCGCUCGAUGAUCGCAGCAGUACGGACACCAAACCCCGCGCGACGGAUGAGCUCCCUGCCUCUGCGCCUCCGUCUGCACACGCCAGGUCGCGAGCUCUGCAGCCCGCUCCUGGCCCCUCCCACGCCUCCAGCCCGGAUCAAUCGUCCUCGCAUACCGGGGGCGCCUCGGCCCCAUCCAGCCAGCACACCUCGCCUUUUCUCCGGAGUCCGCAAGCAGGUCCGCAAGCCAAGCGUCCUCGAUUAAUGAAUGGCGCAGAUGGUAGCCACACCUCGGCUACAAAUCCGUCGGCCUCAGCGCCGAAUACGUGGAAUCCGCACAGUCACCAGUCUCUCACCGUUUCGAACUUGGCUAGUCAAUCUGGGCCGCCGCCGCCUAGUUCUGGGCCGUAG